AUGUGUAAUGAGUUGAAUCACGAACACACCUACCGCAAUAAGCCGUUGGCGGGUGCAGCAGAGCAGAGGUGGUGUCAGCAGAGGCAGGGGAAGGCGAAGGAGCGACGGAAGGAGGUGCGGCUGGAAGAAAGAUGCCAAGAGGUGCGGCGGAUUGAGGCCGUUCAGACAGAAACGAAGGGCGAUCAGCCAAUGGGUGAAAUUGGACCAACAAACACGGCUUGUCCGCUCAUUCGGCGCAUCGAGACGCGCGGCUUGACGGGUCCUUCCCUCCCUUUCAUCAUUUUCGUUCCUCCUGAUGCAUCCUCCCCCCUGUUCUUUCUGCCCUGUCCCCCUAUCCUUCCCUCCCCUUCUUCUCCCUCCCUCCUUUCCCCUCUCCCAACCCACUGCUCCCCCCUGCUCUCAUCCGUCCCCUUGCCCCCAUUCGUCCCUUUUCCCCCACUAUCGUCGCUGCUUUUCCUGCUCAUUUCCCCCUUUCCUGAACCCUUCCUUUUCCUCUCUCACAUCCCUUCCCCCUCUUGCCCUUCCCAGGAGGCAGGAUUGGGCGCGACGGUAGCAAGCGGCUCGCUCCCACCGUCUCUCCACCACCAAUCCUCCUCUCCCCCACUCCCGCCGUCCCUCCUUUCCCCCGUUACCGUUCAAACCUUCCCCCCGUCCCCGUCCCUCCUUCCAUCGGUGUCCGUCCCUCCUUCCCCCACCAUCCACCCUUUACCCUACCCUUGUCCUUUCAAGGCAUCCCCCGAUUCCUAA